AUGUCCGGAAAUAUUAUUGCUAGUGUUUCGGCACCUAAUACCACUCUAGACGAUGUCAAACCGGUCAAACUAAUCGACGCAGUCGAACUGAACCGCCCGGGCGGUCACCAAUCGCCCGACACAAUUAGCAAUUCCAGCCAGAAGCUUCUAGAACCUUUUAAAGCAAGUCCCCCGUUCGACGAAGACGUAAUACAAUACGAGUACAAUAAAAUUCCGGUGAAACCGGCAUUUCCAGAGGCCAAACAGUUCCAGAGUCAAAUUACGGGCACCGAAAACUUGAGAGCCUACGAAGUAAACACCAACAACUGGCACCGAGAUAACGGUCCGUGGACUGUCAGCCAGCCGUGGCUGGAUCAAAGGAAAGAUGCCCAAGCGAAGUACGAAACGUACCACGAAAGUACCACGGUUCCUAAUUCAUGGCACAACCAUGUUAAAUUUCCAACCGCCCUAACUAACCAUAGACCAUAUCCGUUCUACAACGCAGACUAUAAUCGCGUGCACAUUCCGCAACACGCUCCGCCUAACGGCGGUGGACGGAACGACGAUUUCUCGUUUAAUAAACCGGUAGAGGUACCAAGCAGAAGAUACCCUACAGAUUGGCAAAGCGAGAACCGUCAACCGAGUCACGGACAAAGUACCCAACUCACAGGCGAGCAACACGGACACUCGAAGACUUACGACGUCGAUUACAAAAGCCCAUGGAAGAAGGUCAUAAAGUUUUUGACGACAUUCAUUCCGAUCGGUUUAUUGAUAAGCGCGCUCACGCCAACCGUUAUUAGCGUUACCGACGUCAACGACACGGCAACAGAUCCGUACCAAACUUCGUCGCGGUACAGGGCCGUUUCUUCGAAACACGAGCUCGCCAGCCACGUGCUGUCGUCGCUGGAGUACUUCGAGGAAUUGAACGAAAACGGGUGCGAGUACAGGGUGUUGUGCGAGCUAUUACUGAGCGCGCACCUCGCGAAAAAUUCGGAACGCAACGUCGCUAAUCUGCUCGACCAUUUUUCCGAACGGAACGUGGACUUGAAAAGCAACGAGAAAGAUCUGCGCAGGGUUUUCGACGCAGUUCGUAGUGGCGAUUGUUCGCCAAUAACGUGCGGUCUCAUCAAAAAUCCAACGUAGCGUUCAAUUUUUCAAUUAUUAUUUGUGCUAAUGUUUUGAUAUUUCUCGUAAUAAAGUC